CGAAAGACAGCUCUUACUGCACUCAUUCCCCGCGAUAUCACCACGCUUAACCUUCUUACGAGGCUGGCCUGGCCUCCUUUAAAUCUUUCAUCUUUUCGCCAUUAGUAAGUAAGCCAUGCUGGAUGCUGCAUCUAUCUGAUCCCUCGACCAACCAGUUACAAGUUCAAAGAUCGACGCCGCCUUAAUUUGAACCCGCGCGCCCGGCCAUAAAAAUGUCAGGAUUCCCAUCACCUAACUAAACCCAAUUAUGGACGACGACUACUAUCCGCACGUGCGAAAUCCCCACGUGUCGUCGUCCCCACUCAGAAUAGUAUUACAGCACCAACCGAGCUCGGCCAGUGCGUCGACUGCCGCGCCCAUGGGCAUCAAGCACGACGGAGAGGGCGACGCACGCCGCCGGAGCUUCCGGGGCGUCCGGAAGCGGAGCGGGAAGUGGGUUUCGGAGAUACGCGAGCCGGGGAAGGCGAGCCGCAUCUGGCUCGGCACGUUCCCGGCGCCGGAGAUGGCGGCCGUGGCGUACGACGUGGCUGCGCACGCGCUGCGCGGCUCGGACGCGGUGCUCAACUUCCCCGAGGAGAUCUGGGCCCGCCCCGCGCCGGCCUCGCUGUCGCCUGCGUCCAUCCGGGCCGCUGCGGCCGAGGCGGCGGCGGCCGCGCUGCGCCCGAGGUCUCCGGCGGCCGAGAUAGGAGGCGAGAGGUACAUGGACGAGGAGGAGAUGUUCGACAUGCCUGGCCUGCUGAUGGACAUGGCGGAGGGGAUGAUGAUGAGCCCGCCGAGACUGAGUCCCAACGCUGCUGACGAUGCGGCGGAGAUGUUUGACGAUGAGAAUCUGUGGAGCUACCCAUGACCAGUUGACCACAUCAACAGUCAAUUAUGGGUUCGUCAGCCGUAAUACUUAAUUAUAUCUAAGUGAGUAUAUAUGUUUUUUAUUUUUAGUCGGGUGAAUAUAUUAUAUGCAUAUAUUUAACUAUAUAUUAUGCAAUUAUUUUUAUUUUUUC